CCUGUUUCCAUUUGAUAUCUCUCCCGUUUUGAUUAUUCACUUCCUUUCAUAUGCUUUUUAUCAGUCUUUCGCGUCGCGCGCGUCAUUCAUGCCCUGCGCUUUCCAUCCGCUAUGAAUUUACAGGUGGAUGUACGGCGAACAGCGGCAUCCUUCUAAUUGACGCCUGAUAUUUUAUGCGUACCAGCCAUCAGUACGUUAUCUCCUAAUUAUUUGACACUGCAUUAGCGCGGACUUCUUUUGCCUUGGAGCGGUUAUUUCCAUUCAUGUUGAUUAUAAUUGACUUUAUAAUUCAUAAGUCUUUUUUACUAUCAUUGCCAGCGAGCAGGAUUUUUUCGUGGGGGACAUUUAGUGCUGUGUGAACGGUGCAGUAAGCACCCGCGUUGACUGCUGCUGAUUGCGAAGAAAUUUCGAACAGCAUGGCCGAUCCGCAGGCCACCAGCGGUCCUCCCCCUGCUGGCAAUGCGACCUAUGCUCCCUUCCCUGAGACAUUUUGUAGGGAAGCACUGUGGGAUCGCGCUUAUACGUGGGAUACGGAUAAUCCGCAGUUUACGCCAUGUUUCCAGAAGACUGUCUUGGUGUGGAUACCGUGUGUGUUCCUGUGGCUGAUGCUACCCUUUCAGUCGUAUCGCAUCCUCAGCAGUCAUUUCAAAAUCAGGAGAUGGACAUGGCUUUCCAUUGCCAAGACAACGUUUUCCCUGCUGCUGUUCGUGUUGGCUGUGAUGGAUAUGAGCUAUGUGGCGCACCAGUGGAAUACGGUAGAAGGCCGCGGCCUCCCGGAUGUUGAUCUCAUUGCGCCACUCAUUAAAGCAGCCACAUUUUUAUUAUCGGUGUUCUUCAUUUACACGGAUAAACGAAGUGCCCGACCAUCUUCGGCGAUAUUGUUCCUUUUCUGGCUGUUAAUACUCGUCGAGAGCGUUGUGCUCUUUCAAGAACGGAUCAGACAUGCCCAGCAGAAUGGCAUUCAUCAUCACUUUCUCUUCGUUACGACCAUGCUGUACUUUCCCAUCACCCUGGCACAGUUUGUGCUGUCAUGCUGGGCGGAAUACUUCCCGGAACGGGAGCAUGGCGGUCUGAUACCAUGCCCGGAGUUAUUUGCCUCGUUUCCAAACCGACUGGCUUUUGGGUGGUUCACUGGACUAGCUCGACUGGGAUGGAAACGUCCGCUAGUGCAAGCAGACUUGUGGGAUAUUAAUCCGGGCGACCGCACCCAAGUCUCCACGAACAAACUGGAAAAAUACUGGCGACAUGAAAUGGUUGAAUUCACAGGACCGCGUCAUAAAGAGCCUUCAUUGCUUCUGGCAUUGGCUAAAACAUUCUGGUUGCCGGUCUUGCUGAGCGGCAUCCUCAAAUUAGGCAACGACAUAUUUGUGUUUGUGGCACCGCAAAUUUUACAGUUGUUGAUUGGGUUUACAACGGAUAAGAAUGCCCACUCUUGGAAAGGAUACUUUUACGCGGUUGUGUUGCUUUUUGCUUCGUUUGGACAAACGAUCAUUUUGGCGCAGUAUUUCCACAUGUCAAUGCGGAUUGGGAUGCAUAUUCGAUCAGCUGUUAUUGCCACCGUUUACCGAAAGGCCCUGCGAAUAACAAGUGCUGCUAAGAGAUCCAGCACAGUGGGUGAAAUUGUGAACUUGAUGUCAGUGGAUUCUCAGCGCUUCAUGGAUCUGAUGGCAUUCUUGCAUUUGUUGUGGUCUUCGCCGCUACAAAUGGCGUUGGCAAUAUAUUUCCUGUAUAAUCAGUUGGGCCCUUCGGUGUUCGCUGGUUUGGGUGUCAUGAUCUUGAUGGUUCCUAUAAAUGCCGUUAUUGCAUCAAAGACUCGUGCACUGCAGAUCGCUCAAAUGAAAGAAAAAGACGGGCGCAUCAAACUGAUAACGGAAAUUCUCAACGGAAUGAAAGUUUUGAAAUUGUAUGCAUGGGAAGAGUCGUUCUUGAAACAGAUUCUUGGAAUUCGAGAUCACGAGUUGGAGACACUGAAGAAAGCAGCCUAUUUAUCUGCGUUUUCAUCAUUUACAUGGAUAUUGUCACCGUUCUUAGUGGCGCUUGUUAGUUUUGCCACCUAUGUAUUGGUGGACGAGAAGAAUGUUUUGGAUUCACAAAAAGCUUUCGUCAGCCUAUCGUUGUUCAAUAUUCUGCGAUUUCCUCUUUCCAUGCUGCCGAUGGUUAUCACGUCCGUCGUGCAGGCAAAAGUGUCGGUGGAACGCCUGACAAAGUUUUUGAAAAACGAGGAGUUGGAUCCUGAAAAUGUGAAGAUGAUCCCAGCGGACGAUAACUCGAAUUCGGCGGUAACCGUUACACAGGGUAGUUUCUCAUGGGGAAAGGAUGAUCCCAUCGUACUGAGAGAUAUUAAUUUGGACGUGAAACAAGGAAAACUGAUCGCGGUUGUCGGUCAAGUUGGAUCGGGGAAAUCAUCGCUGAUUGCCGCUAUGCUGGGAUUAAUGGAACGUCGAUCAGGAAACGUUACGCUUAAGGGGUCCAUCUCAUACGUCAGUCAGCAAGCUUGGAUUCAGAACUUGACACUGAAAGAGAAUAUAUUGUUUGGAAAACCUCUGGAUGAAGCCCGGUACAAGCGAGUCAUUGAAGCUUGCGCUUUGGCGCCGGAUUUGGAAAUGCUUCCUGGAGGCGAUCAGACCGAAAUCGGUGAAAAGGGUAUCAAUUUAAGUGGUGGACAAAAGCAACGUGUUAGCCUGGCCCGAGCGGUUUACAGCGGAGCGGAUGUCUGUUUCCUGGAUGAUCCGCUCAGUGCCGUGGAUGCACACGUUGGAAAGCAUCUGUUUGAAAACGUUCUCGGCCCGAAGGGACUGUUGGCGGGAAAAACCCGCAUUCUGGUGACUCACGGCAUCAGUUUCUUACCUCAGACUGAUUUGGUUGUGGUGAUUGACGAAGGAACAAUCUCAGAAGUUGGAACCUAUCAGGAAUUGUUGCAGAAAAAAGGCGCCUUCGCCGAAGUAUUACGAACGUACUUACAGGAAGAGAUCGAGGCCGAAGACGAUCCUGACGCCAUCGCCAUUAAACAGCAAGUUCUCCAAGAAAUCGGUGAUCAGCCACCAGAUCACGCUCGGGCACAACGCACCGCGUCCAUCACCAGCCAGACCUCCAACUCGUCGCUGAGGAAAAUCAAGCAGCAAUUAUCGCGAGUGUCGCGACAGGAUUCGAAAAAGUCUAAUCUAUCCCCGAGAAAGAGUAUGUCUCCCGAAAAAGAGCCGGAAAAGAACGGUGGACCCGCGGCCAAAGCGGGUGCGGGUGGCCCCCGGGCUGGACUGGUCGGGGCGGAGACGUCGGAGACCGGAAGUGUCAAAUGGAAUGUUUACAUGAUGUAUCUGAAGCAUAUGACUUACGGAGCUUCCUUUGUGAUCAUCCUGUUCUAUGCCGCAUUCAACGGAGUGGCGGUGGGCACGAAUGUGUGGCUGGGUGAAUGGUCAAACGAUUCGUAUAUUCCUGAACGACGGAACAGUACUGAAUGGAGAGAUUAUCGGUUGGGCAUCUAUGGAGCGCUGGGUGCUAUUCAGGGAAUUUUUGUCUUUAUGUCAGCGCUUGUGCUGGCGUACGGACAGAUUCGGGCUAGCAGGAAUUUGCAUCAGAAUAUGUUGGUGAGGAUUUUACACGCGCCGAUGGCUUUCUUCGACACUACACCACUGGGACGAAUUGUUAACCGAUUUAGUAAAGAUGUGGAUACGGUGGAUACCAUGCUGCCGAUGAAUAUUCGCAUGUGGCUGAAUUGCGUCUUCAGCGUUCUUUCGACUGUGGUUGUGAUUAUUUACAGUGUUCCGCUUUUCGCUACGGUGAUCUUACCCCUGGGAAUAUUUUACUACUUCGUGCAACGAUUUUAUAUUGCUACGAGCCGACAGCUGAAACGCUUGGAAUCGGUCUCUCGCUCUCCGAUUUAUUCACAUUUUCAGGAAUCAGUUACCGGAACUAUGGUUAUCGUAGCAACUAAACAGACAGAACGUUUUAUCCAUGAUAACGAGAACCGUGUGGAUACCAAUAACGCAUCUUAUUAUCCGAAUAUUGCAUCCCAGAGGUGGCUGGCGGUGCGGUUGGAAAGUGUCGGUAAUUUGAUUGUAUUUUUUGCCGCCUUUUUUGCUGUGAUUACGCGGGAUUGGAAAGAUGCUGAUGGAAAGCACUGGGUGGAUCCGAAAGACAUGGGUUUGGCCGUGAGCUACGCCAUGACGGUGACACAAACCUUAAACUGGAUGGUGCGGAUGACCAGUGAACUAGAAACUAAUGUGGUGUCCGUGGAGCGAAUUAAGGAGUACACCGAAAUCCCAAUGGAGGCUGACUGGAUUAUUGACGGCAAGCGACCUCCGCAGAACUGGCCACAAACCGGCGCUAUCGACUUUAACGACUAUCAGACGCGCUAUCGUCCAGGACUGGACUUGGUGCUGCGUGGUGUAAAGGCGAAUAUCCAGCCAAGAGAAAAGAUUGGCAUCGUUGGACGAACGGGAGCCGGUAAGAGUUCACUCACCUUGGCCCUGUUCCGCAUUAUUGAGCCGGCUGGCGGUUCGAUUGUUAUCGAUGGAAUCGACAUAUUUACCAUGGGUUUGCACGAUGUGCGCUCCCAUUUAACUAUUAUCCCACAGGAGCCGGUGCUGUUUAGUGGAACGCUGCGGUUGAAUUUGGAUCCUUUUAAUGCGUAUUCCGAUGAAGAUGUCUGGAUGGCGCUGGAAAAUUCGCAUUUAAAGCGCUUCGUCAGCUCGCUGCCGGAUGGGUUGCAGCAUGCUGUAGCCGAAGGCGGUGAAAAUUUAAGUGUUGGUCAACGACAGCUGAUCUGCUUAGCGCGUGCACUGUUACGAAAGACGAAAAUUCUGGUUCUGGAUGAAGCGACGGCAGCUGUUGAUUUAGAAACAGAUGAUCUGAUUCAGCGUACCAUUCGGGAUAAAUUUGCGGAUUGCACUAUUUUAACUAUCGCCCAUCGCUUGAAUACCAUUAUGGAUAGUACUCGCAUUAUGGUAUUGGAUCAAGGGAAAAUAAAGGAACUGGAUUCCCCUGAAAACCUCCUUCGUGAUCGAAAUACGAUAUUUUACGGGCUGGCCAAAGACGCUAAUCUGGCCUAGUUGUUACAAAUGAUUUGUAUGUAUUCUUAUUCUCUCCUGUCCUAAAUUUUGUGUUGUUUAUAGUUGUAAUCUUUUAUUGCGUUGAGUAAAUGUGUUUCUAAAAAUAUGUGGUGAAAGCAUCCGGAGAUUUACUUUACUAGUGCAGUCGGAACAGAUGAGUCCAUUUUUACGGCAGUAGAUUUUAACGGAAUAGUGCUUAUUUCCUGUGAAAGCUGAGCACCGGUUGUUAUGUUGCGAAUGAACGGAGAUUGUUGCUAGAAUAAUGAUUGUUCUUGACCUACAAUUAAUUGUGCGGAAACAGUCUGGCACUUCUGGUUUGGAUUAUUCAUCCCUAAUUACCGAGAUUAAAAUUAAUAUGAAUAUCGCGG